AUGUGGUCCACAUUACGCUCUCUGGACUCUGGCUCAUCCACAUUGGAGAACAUUGUCCAGUUUGGUUCUGCUGCUGUUAUUAUCUUGGAACACGCAUUCCAUCUUUGGGACCAGCAAUUCAAUGCUCACCAGGAGUCCGUGCACCCUGUCAGUGUUGCUCUCCAGCAGUACAUGGUGUCUCCAAAUGCAGCUGCUGCCAGGGAAGCUCUGAGCUCUGUCAUUCACACGUAUCAAGCCCACUCUCGGUCCAUAGCGGGGUUGAUACACCGCUCUCGAAAGAAGGAGCAAUUCAUCAACACAGUUAUUGAUGUUAUUUUACAACAUCGCCUGCACCCUGAUUCUAGGAAAUCCAUCACGAAGUUGGGAGUUGAGCUUAGUGUCUGGGCCGUGACUGCAGCUUUCUUGACUGGUAUGAGGAGGUGGAACGACACAGAUUGA